AUGAAACAGAACUAAUAAAUCUAAUAAAAACAAAAGAUAAGUCAGACUUUAAUGAAUUAGUAUCUAAAAGAGAAAACAGAACUUGAAAAUUCUAUAAAUUAGGUUUAAAAAAUUAUGAAUGCUAAAUUUGAAUAAAAAUUAAAUCCCAAAAGCAUUCUUACAUCAUAUUUAUAAACUUUAUCCCAUAUAAAUGAGUAUAGAUAUAUGGGAGUAACAGUAAAUAUAGAAGAAGACAUAAAGUUAUUUUUAUAAAGCCUUCCAUCAUAUACUUUUUUCCCUUAAAAAAUUUGGGAUUUUUCUUUUACAAGUAAAAUAAAGUAUUAAAUUAGAAUAAUUUCAAUAAAAAUUGUUAUCUCUAAAAGAUGAUGAAUUUAUUAAAGUAGUUGUUAUAAUUAAGAUCUUAAUUUAAGGAAAAUUUAAUUAAUAUUAAUUGGUUAACGUAAAUCAGAUAUAAGUUGGUAGUAUAAAAUUUCCAUUUUAAUAUGAUUUUUAAUUAUAGUUGGCUGUUGAUGGUAGGACUACUAUGUUUUUUUAAGUUUUUCCUAAAAAAUAUCCUGUUAUGAAUGAUUCAGAACAUCCAAUUUAAUUUGAUUAUGUACACGAAUUGAUAUUUGUUGAGUUGAAUGAGGGUACAUACUAUAAAAAUCCAUAACCAUAUGAAAAAUAUCUUAAAACUCAAUAAAGUAUACCAAAUUUUUUUACAGAUAUGAAAUAUAUUCAAGAAUUUAGUGAUAAAAAAAAAGUAAAAUAUUUAAGAGUUGGAGAAAUCAAUGAAAAUUAAUUUUUAUUGAUUGGACCUCGAAUCUUUAAACCAUUAUUAUGUUAAGGGAAUUAAUUUGUAUAUAAUUAUAAACUAAAUUUAUGGAUGACAAUAGAAGACGAAGAAAAAUAUUAUAAAAAAUUAAAAUAGAUAUAAGAAAUAAGAUAAAAUAAUUAGAUAAUAAAAAAAUAUUGUUAUUUACCAUCUUCAUAAUAAUUAUUAACAAUAAUAAAAAAUAUUCCUAAUUUUAGAGUAAAACUAACUUAAGAAUAAUAAAAUAUUAUUUCAUAUGGAGGAGAUGCUUUGGUAAUUGGUAGAAGUGGAACAGGUAAAACUACAUGUGCACUUUUAAAAUUAUUUUCAACUGAUAUAUUAUAUAAAUUGAGAAUCAAAUUAAAUUAAAUUAAAUAUUCAUCAAAUGAUAUCAAUUUAUCAUAAUAAGAUUAAAAUUCAUAAUUAAAAACAAUAUUUGUAACUGCUAGUCCAUUAUUGGCUUGUCAAGUUAAAAGAUUAUAUGAUUAAUUAGUCAAUAAUAUCUAAAAUGCUAUUAAUACUAAAAGAUAAAGAGUAAAAUAAGAGUAAUAAGAGAAUAUUUAAACUUAAAAUAUUGAUUUAGAAUAGAGUACUUUUUAAAUAAUAGAAGCAUUAUAAUAAAAUGAUAAAGAUAAUGAUGAUAAUAAUAAUAAUUAAUAAGAAUUUUAGAAUGAUAAUGAAAUAGAAGAUGAAGAUAUUAAUGAAUUUGAAAAAGAAAUGGGAAAAUUUAACAAAUUUAGUGAAAUAUAAUAAUUUCCUGUUUUCUUAACUUUGCGUAAAUUAUUGGCACUUAUUGAUUCUUCACUUAUCCAUUCAUUUUUUAAAGUAUAUGGAGGAUAUUAAAAUAAAUUAUCAUAAUGGCAUAAUGAAUCAUCUGGUCUUAUGACACUAGAUAAAAAUUAAAUUGCUUAACCAUUUAAUGAAGAAUUACUUCAUAAACAUAUUAGUUUAAUUGACAAUUAAGAAUUUAUAGAAACAAAUUUGUAAGAAGUUACAUUGGAGAUUUUUGAGAGAGUAUUUUGGCCUAAAAUUGUUAAAGAAUUGAAAUAAGAAUAUUAUGAUGUUUCAACUUUUGAUCCAACUUUGGUUUGGAGUGAAAUUUGCACAAAAAUUAAAGGUCAUGAAACUUCACAUGAAUAUCCUGAUAAAUAUAUGAAUUUUGAGAAUUAUAUUUAUUAUCAUAGAAUUUUAUCAGAAGUAUAAACAAAAUUACUAUAUAAAGCCUUUGAAACUUAUGAAAGAUUAAAAUAAAGUUAUGGAUAUUAUGAUUUAUUAGAUAUUGUAAAUCAUAUUAACUAUGAAUUAUCUUAAGGAAAUGAUAUGAUUGAAUGUGUACAUUAUUUAAUGUUAGAUGAACUUUAAGAUGUUCCAAGAGCUGUUCUAGUAUUAUUAGAUAGAAUGGCAGAAUUUGGUUUAUUUUGUUGUGGAGACAAUGCUUAGAAUAUAGCAAAAGGAAUAGGAUUUAAAUUUUUUGAAGUUUAAAAUUGUAUCUUAAAUUAUAGAGGUAAUUAAAGAAGAAGAUAAUCAAAUAUGACAUUAUUUGAUUUAAAUAUUAAUUUUAGAUCACACAAUUAAAUUCUAUAAUUAGCCAAUUCUGUUAUAAGAGUCUUAGAGAUUUGUUUUCCAUAUAAAAUUGAUAGAUUAAAAAAGGAAACAUCUGAUUUAACUGGACCAAAACCUGUUAUAUUAUAAACAGAGGAUCCUUAAGAUUUAUUGUCUUAUAUUUAAGAAUUUUUUACUAAUGAUAGAAAAACAGUUGAAUUUGGAUGCAAUUAAGCUAUAAUAGUAAAAGAUCAAGAAUCAAAGGAAAAAUUACCUUAAGAACUUUAAAAUGCCUUAGUUCUUACAAUAUAUGAAGCAAAGGGUUUAGAAUUUGAUGAUGUAAUUUUAUAUAAUUUCUUUAAUGAUUGUCCUACUUCUGUAGAUGAUUGGAAAAUUUUAAAUGAAUUUGAGAUUUAAUCAGUAUAUAUGUCUGAAGAAGGAUAUAAAAAUUACUUAACAGGUAUAUUAUAUUGUAUAUUUUAUAGUUCAUUAAUCUGAAGUAGUAACAACAGAUUACAAUGAUUAGAAAAAAUUAGUAGAGAUUAAAUAAUUAAAAUUGAAAGAAAGAAUUGACUUAAAAAAAUAAAAACCAAACUUAGAUGCCUUUUAAGAAUAUAUGUCAUUGUGUUAAGACUUAAAAUAAUUGUAUGUAGCUAUAACUAGACCAAAGAAAAGAUUAAUAAUAUUUGAUCAAUCAAAUAAAAAAAGAUUUAUAAUUUAAUCUAUUUGGGAGAAAUUAGAUGUCGUUAAUAUUGUUUAGAAAAAGAAUAUUUAGGUUUCUGACACAUAAUUUCUCCUUGAACAUACUAUAGAUAAUUAAGCUAAUUGGAAAAAAUAAGGAUAUAAAAUGUUUAGACUCAAUAAUUAUGAUUAAGCAGCUAAAUGUUUUAAAUUUUCUGGUGAUGAAGAACUAGCGAUUAAAUCUAGAGCUUAUUUUUUAGCUACUUAAGCUAAUAUUUUUAAUGAGAAUAAAACUAAUUAUAUUGCAGCAGCAAAAUUAUUUGAACAGAUUAAUUUUCCUUUAAGAGCAGCUCAAUGUUAUUUUUCAGGUAAAGAAUAUGCUAAAGCUUAUGAAUAAUAUAAAUUGACUAAUUGUAAAAGUGAAACUGCUGAAUCUGCAUAUUUUGCUGGUUAUUUUGAAGAGGCUGCAGAUCUAUUUUAUUAAAUUAAUGAUAUUAGAAGAGCACUUGAUUGUUUUAAAAAAGCUAAUAAUUGGUAGAGAAUUAUUGAAUUAUUAAAUUUACAUAAAGAUGAAUUUACAAUUGAUGAAAGAAUGGCUUUUUUGAAUAAAUUUUUUCCUAGUUUUCUUUAAGAAAUGACAGAUUAGAUUGAGCAAUAGGAAAAAGAAAUGGAAGAAUAGAAUUUAAUUGAAGAGACUAGUAUAAUUUAAGAAGAUAUUAAUGAUUAAUCUUAAAGUUUUUAAAUAUAGAAUUCUUUGAUAAAUGAAUCACAAUAAGUUUAAGAAGAGAAUGCUGAUAAUAAUAUUGAAACAUCUUAAAUUAGUAUAUUAAAAUAGAACAAAUAAGAUAUUAUUGAAAUUGAUGACUCAGAAUCCUUUUAAGUUUAAAAUGAAGAAUCUUUUGAUCAUCUUUCAAUUUUUGAUCCAGAAGAUGAAUGGUUAAAAAAUAAUUAAAAAUCUUUAAUCAAAUCUAUUGCUACCUCUAGUGUUGAAUCACAAUUUUCAAAUGUUUUAUUGUUAAAUUAACCAUCUAAUGUUUCACUCUUAAAAUCAAGAUCUAAUAUCUUUAUUAAGAAUAAUGUUUUACAAUAAUUAGUUUAAAAAUUUUAAUUUUUUUCUGAUGAGUUUAAGAUUCACAUUGAAAAAUAGACACACAAAGCUACUUUAUUAUCAAAUAGAACUGGAGAGGAGAAAGAAUUUGAUCAUAUGAUCAAUUUCUUAUAUGAUUUAGAUAAUAUAGAUAUUGAUACUAUAUAUUUAAUUCUAGAUCUAUUAGAAUAAUUUAAAAGUUAUAAAUUAUGCAUUUAUGUUUGCAAUUAAUUCAAAUUAGCUUAACAUAUAGGUAGAUAUUUAGUUUCAUUGGCUUCCCUUUACACUCCAUUAACAAGGAAUCCUUUAAAAGAUAAUUAUUAGAUUAUUGCAAAUAAACUAUAUAGAAAAUAAAUAUUAUAAUAAGCAGCAGUUUCAUAAUUAGCUAUUAAUAAUAUAUUGGAAUCUAUUAAUCCUAAAUUCUUGUAAUUCAAACAUGAAGAAUAACUUAAUUCAUCAAAUAGUUUUGGUAUUACAUGUUAUAAAGAAUUAAUUGGUUUAGGGUAUUGGAAGACUGUUAUAUAUUAAUUAAAUUAUGAUCAUGCAUACAAUUUAUGUAGAUCAUUUAAUAGUUAUUAAGAUAUAUUUAAUAUUAUAGAGAAAGUCAAAGAAAAUAGAAAAAAUAAAAUACUUAAUAAAUAGGAAGAAUUUAAUUUAAAUAAAUAUUAAUAUUUUUAUGCUAUUUAAGAAGCUCUUUAAUUAAAUAAUUCAAAUUUCAACUCAAUAUUUUCUACUACCAUUAACUAUUUCAAUAAUAAAUAACAAGUAAACCAAGAAAUUAUAAAAGAUAUCAUAAUUAAUAGUCAACUAAAAAAUACUUCAAAUCUUAAUUAUACUUAAUAAUUAAAUUAAAUUGAAUCAAUAAUUUUAUCUCAUUUAAUCUUAAAAAGAAAUAAUACAUCUUAAGAAAAAUAAAAACUAGUAGACAUAACUUAACUUGUUGAAAUUCAAAUUUACUUUUUAAAUAAAAUGUAAUUAUUUUGUAAAAAUUCAAAUAUAAUUGAUUCAUUUGGAUUUCUAUAUUAAUUUUCAUUACCUAAAGGAGAAAUUAUGGAUCAUUAUUCUUAAUAUGCCCUUGUAUAUUUGACUUCUGACUUAGUAUCAUAUUUACACUCCUCAUCAAAAGAAAUUUAAAAGGAUCCCUCUUAAAUCACUUAAUAAGAGUUAAAAUUUAUUGAUAUAGGAUUUGAAUAUAUUUUAAUUCCUUAUAACUUGAUUCUAAAGACUAUCCAUAAAUCCUUUAUUUAGAAUCUCUCUAAUCAAUUCUACAAAAUGUCAGAAUAACUUAAAAGUUUUUACUUGACAUAUGGUAAUUAAUAAUAGUAAUUCCCUUAAAAUUUAUACAGAGAUUCUUAUUUACCAAUCUUUUAACAAUUGUAUUACUUAGAAUUAAGAUAAAAAAAUAUAUUACCAAUAAUUUUUCUUCCUAAAUAAAUAAAUUUUCAAAAAUUCAAAAAUUUCAAUGAUGCAUCAAUUAAAAAUUUAGAAAUCGACAGACAUUCAUCAUCAAUUCUAAAUUAAAUAAAAUCUCUACAUUAAUUAGACUUUUUUAAGAUAUUAAUUAAGACUAAUAUUAGAAAUCCAAAUAUACCAUCUUCAAUUAAAUAAUUCUUUAUCAAUGAAAGUAUUUCCCUCCUUCAAAAGUCUCAAGAUUAAUUAAGUCACUAGAAAAUAGUAUUAGCAAUAAAUAUAUUAAAUUAUAUCAAUGAACUACCUUUGGCUAUAUUUACACUUUAAUAAAUGAAAAAACCAAUCUAAACUAACCCUUAUAUAAAAUAUAUGGAAUUUCUAGAAUGCUAAGAAUAUAAUAUCACAGAAGAUCUUUUUGUUUGCUUUGCAGAAUUUAGUGUUGAUCUUUAGAAUAAAUUAUUUUUAGAUGAAUGGCUAUAUCACUUAAUUAGGGUAGGAUUAUCAAUUCUAAUUUCAAUUCUUGAAGAAAAGAAAUAAAAAAUUUAUAUUCCUUAAAUAUUUGUUGAAUUUGUAAAAGGAAUUUAAGGUCAUCAAAUUGAAUCUCCUAUAUUUAAAAUUUAAAAUGAUGAGAUUCUUUUAGAAUAUUUAGAACUUUUAGGAUAAUUCCUUGAUAAUUGUAAUUCUGAACAUUAUGAAUAUUAUGGUAAUAUAUUACUUAUUAUUUUCGUUAUCAAUUUACCUAUAUUAACAAAUGAAAUCAAAGAAUAAAUAUCUAAAAUAAUAGAAUUUGAUUCUAAAUAUAAAUUUUAUCAAAGACUUAAAGUAAUUAUAUUAAAAGAUCUACAAGUUAGAUAAAAUGAAUAUAUAAAACAAUAAAAAUCAAUAUACAUUAAUCAAUACUUAGACUUAUAAAUCACUCAUCUAUAAAUAAUCAAUACAAAAUAAUAAAAUUAACUUGAAUAAAUUUAUAAUACUUGUUUAUAAAAUUGGGAAAAUUAUUAAAAGAAAUCUGAAUAAAUAAAAAGUAAUGGAUAAAAUUUAAUUAAAAAAUGGUUAAUACAUAAAUAAUUUAUAGCUAAAUCAAAAUAUUUAAGUAAAGCUCUACCUAAAUUUUAAUUAUAAAAUUAAAUUGUAAAAUUUUAAUAAUUUUAUUAAUUGAAUCUUAAAGAAUUUUACAAAAAUUUGAAUAACAAAGAUAUUAAAUUAGAAAAUAAUAUUAAAGACGCAUUUGCUAUUUAAGAGUAAGAUUUAAUUAUAUUUUAGGGAUAUCUUAAACCAAAGACAUGGAGCUGUUGAUUCUAUAGAUCUACAUUUUUGUAAUUUAUUAUUAGAAAAACUUUCUGAAUUGAAUAUUUAAAUUUUAAAAGGGAAUAAUGUAAGCUAAUAAUUAAUUGAAUUAUCAAAAGAAUUAGUUGCUUGGAAAGAGAAUAUUAAUUCAGCAUAAGAUAAAUAAGAUGAAUUAUUAGCUAGAAAUAAAGAAUUAUUAGCAAUAAAAUGGAGAAAUUUAAAAUCAGGUAUAAAAUUAAAAAAGAGAGUUUUAAAAAAGGUAGAAAUGCAAACAAUUUAAGAAGAGGAAGAAGAAUAAUAAUGA